CUCCAAAAUAAUUCGAUAAAUCGUGCAAAGCAAUAAGAGGUAAGGCUACUAAUAAACUCGUUCCUAUAAAAGAAGGGAACGUACGCGUUGAAUCGCUCAAUCACAGAAGGUGUACAGCAGUGCUCGGACAAUCGUUGAAACGUUGAUAAAUUGGAUUAUCUCGAAAAUAUGCAGAGCGAUAAAAUCAUAUUAAUUGCGACAUUAAUCGCAAUUUUGUGCUUGGAAGGCCAUUUAAUCGUGGGUGAAUAUUGCUACGCUGACGAUCCAAAUCCUUACUUGUUGUUCGGUAUCAGAACGGCAUAUAAGAAUGUUCGCGGCACGAUAACCGAUUCCAUGAUACCAAACUGCGAGCCAUUGCAGAUUUGGAUGUUGUUGAAGCAUGGAAGUAUAUCACCGCCCAAAUAUUGGAGCAUGAGGCUAAAAGAUGACAAUAACAUGGAAAUUAUCAAACGUGACCUCGCGCAUAGCAAAGCGGGACGAAUGUGUCAAAAGGAUUACGAAAGGAUCAAACAUUGGAAUAAUUACGAAUACAUCGAUAAAACGAAGGUAUGGAUAUUAUCGAAGGAGGGUGAAUUGGGAAUGAUGAGGCUUGGCCAACGAUUGAAGACCUAUUUCCCGGAACUGAUCCAAUGCCGCCCGGUCAAUACCUUGAAGAAGCAAUACUAUUUCAGGGCAAUGAACGCUCAACGAUCGAUAGCCAGCAUGAGAUCCUUAAUCAAAGGUCUUUUCGGUAAUAUAAACUUGGACAACGUGGAUAUACGGAACACAUCCCACGAUAAAAUAUUGCAGUACCAUCUGACCCAAAGAGAAUUUUUCGACUAUUACAACACGAGGGAUCUCUUUAUAUUUAACGAUGAAUUCCGUAAAAUGAUCAACGGUAUUCGUCAACGAUACGACUUGUCGAGCGAUCCUGCCCAUUUCAUUUACGCUUUCGACCAACUCCUCGAUGCGAACUACGUUUGCAUGCGUGAGACAUCUUGGUAUCCGGACGUAAAGUCUCCAUGGUGUGCCAUGUUCACGAAGGAAGAGCUGAAAUUCUUCGCCAUAUACAUCGAUCGAUAUCUGUAUCGUUCACCCCCAUACUUUCAAAAACACACCCAAGCUGCGUGUCCAAUUCUGAAGGAUUUGUACAUUCACUUUACGAAUUUGGAAAAGGGGAACGUGCACGAAGAGCCGAAAGGUAUAUUUUACUUCGGCGAUUUCCACUCGCUGAUGUUCUUCUACAGCUUAUUGGGUCAUCUGGACGGUGACGCGCCUAUGCCGCUUAAUUUCACCCUUCACGACUUGAGAAACAGAAAAUACGAUCUAAGCUAUCUGAUACCGUACAACGGGAACGUAGCGGCCGUCUUUUACAAAUGCAGCGACGGCUUCAAGGUGAAAUUGUACUCGAACGAGAGACCUCUUAAUUACAAAGGAUGCCCUCAAGGUACAUGCGAGUGGGGUUAUUUCAAGAAAGUAUUGAGGAACAUCGCGCUCAAGUGUAAUGUAGAUUUAUGUAACUUACCUUAAAUUUUACUUUAAUCGAGUAGUAAAACGUUAUGUAAAAGAUUCGUGAUGCCACGUGAAACGUAUAUGCUUGGAAUCAGUAAAAUUUGGACAAAGGUAAUACUUAACGAAGCUGAUAUGAUGACACGACAGGGUCAUACGUUGUAACGCAUUCCCAAACUUUUGUCACGUUUAACUUCAUAGAAUCAUUGCAAUUUUUGUUACACUUUUCAACGAGUUUUGAAUCAACGGUAUAAUAUUGUAUAAAUAUAUUAUAUAUAUAUAUAUACACAUUUAUAUGUGUAUAUAUAUAUGUAUGUAUAUAUAUGUAUAUUUAAUUCGACUUAUCGCCUAUAUAAUUUUCGAACAUAUACGAUAUAUAAAUAUAUAUUUGCACGAUCGACUUUCCAAUUUCAAAAAUGAAUUACUGCUACGAUUUCACUAUAGCGUAAAAUAGACUGUACGCGUUAAAAGCGACGAAAACUUGACAAUUUGAAUUAACGCUGGUCACGAUAGAUAUAUGUGUAUAUAUUUGCAAUGAAUGAUGUUUAAAGUAAGUCGAAACAUUGAAUAUUUGAAUAAUUUUAAUGAAAUUAGAAUUUUGAUCGAAUCCAUCGAAAAAUAUAAUUUUAAAAUUGGAUCAGGAUGGAAUUUCUUCAAAAUUAUCAUUAAUUCGGAAAUACAAUACUCAACGAAAUAAAAGAAACACUAAAUUGUAAUGGAAAAGAAAUUGUCGAUCUUUGAACUCUUGUAACUUUGUGAUAAAAAGUCGUAGAGCA